AGGCGCAGGGUGCGGGCGUCAUAUUUCGGGUGCUCCAAACCACAUACGCAUACACACACAUAAAUGUGUUGUUAUUGUCGCAAUUGAUGUUAAUUUAUAGCAUGCCGGUUGGCUGGGUAUAUGUAACCUGACGACGAUGUUUAAAUCAGAGCGAAAACAAAGCGCGCGUCGCACACUUGCUGCAAGCGCAGCCGCUGCUGGUAAAAUGUCAUUGUGCCGAGCCUGUUUGGUCCUGCUCAGCGCAGAGGAGCCCACCUACGAUUUGUACCAGGAAAAGGAUUUGGCCGCCAAGUUCAUUGGCUGCAUGCGUGCCGGCGAUGGGCUGCGAUUCUUGGGCGCGCCACUGGACAAGGAAGUGAGCCCACAAAUUGUGCUGCGAUGCAUCUGCGAUAGCUGCUACCAAUUGGUGCAGCGAUUCUAUGGCUUUCAACGUAUGUGCGAGGAGUCCUUUGCAAAUUUCGAAAAACUCUUAGCGGAAGUCAGUUCGAAGACCACAAGCAACAACUACAUAACCGCAUAUCAAACAGUCAUGAAAAAGUCAAAUGGCCAUAGCAUAGGAGCAGGAGACGGCGAUCAUCCUUUGGCCCCACACUCAAAGCAAUCUUAUACGGCAGCGGCAACCACGUCACUCACCGCAAACACAGACGACGAGGAUAUGAUCGAUAUAACUCCACGUUCGAGUCCAGGCGAUCUUAUCGGCAGCUCCAGCGGCUAUCAUCGAGAGACUGUCACCGAAUCGGAUACGGAACGCGACUUUGCGCCAAAUCAGCGAGCAAUGCACCAUCAUCAUCAACAUCAACAUGUGCCAACUCACAGCGCUUUCGGCGACCCCAUGGAUGGAGCAUUAUCGUUCUAUGGCUCCUCGGAGGUACAUGAUGAGAUACCGGGCAUUGGGCAGUACGAGGAUUUUCAUACCAUCGAUUGGCAGAGGGAUAUUGCUCGCGAUCGCAUGAGACAUCGUUACAUAGUCAAAAAGCGACAGGAUUCACUUUGGGAUUUGAUAAAAGGAGCUAUUGACGCAGGCUCUGGCUGGCUAUGCGUCCUGCUUGUGGGCAUUGCGGCGGGCUGUGUUGCGGGCAUGGUAGAUAUAGGAGCUAGCUGGAUGUCAGACCUGAAGCAUGGCAUAUGUCCGACAGCCUUUUGGUUUAAUCGCGAACAAUGCUGCUAUCCAGAUAAGCAGUCUGUAUUCGAGGAGGGUAACUGCUCCAUGUGGAAGACGUGGCCAGAGAUCUUUGGGCUCAAUCGAACAGGCACGGGUCCGAAUAUUGUAUCGUAUAUUUUAUAUAUUUUGUGGGCAUUGCUGUUUGCCUCACUAAGCGCGUCGCUCGUGCGCAUGUUUGCUCCUUAUGCCUGCGGAUCUGGCAUACCGGAGAUUAAGACCAUAUUGUCGGGCUUUAUUAUACGAGGCUAUUUAGGCAAAUGGACUUUGUUGAUCAAAUCGGUGGGUUUGAUGCUUUCCGUGUCUGCAGGUCUGACACUUGGCAAAGAAGGACCAAUGGUGCACAUUGCUAGCUGUAUUGGCAACAUAUUUUCCCAUCUAUUUCCUAAAUAUGGGCGAAACGAGGCAAAAAAGCGUGAAAUUCUAUCAGCAGCAUCUGCCGCUGGCGUCUCGGUUGCUUUUGGGGCGCCUAUAGGCGGAGUGCUGUUCUCCCUGGAGGAAGUGUCCUAUUACUUUCCACUGAAGACUCUGUGGCGCUCGUUCUUCUGUGCGCUAAUUGCUGCUUUUGUUCUGCGGUCACUGACGCCAUUUGGUAAUGAACAUUCCGUGCUGUUCUUUGUGGAAUAUAACAAACCAUGGAUAUUUUUUGAGCUGAUUCCAUUCGUCUUUCUGGGCAUCAUGGGUGGUGUCAUUGGUACAUUCUUUAUAAAGGCAAACUUGUGGUGGUGCCGAUACAGAAAGUUUAGUAAGCUGGGCCAAUAUCCUGUUAGUGAAGUGCUCUUUGUUACGUUGGUAACUGCCAUCAUUUGCUAUCCGAAUCCCUUCACACGCAUGAACAUGAACGAACUCAUCUUUCUGUUGGUCAGCAAAUGUUCGUCCGGAGACUCAAAUCCUUUAUGUGACUACAAGCGAAUGAAUAUCAGUACAGGAACUAGUUUUAUUGAAGUGACAGAGCCAGGUCCCGGCGUUUAUCGUUCUAUUUGGCUGCUGGUAUUGACUUUUGUUCUGAAGCUGGCACUGACCAUUUUUACGUUCGGUAUAAAAGUGCCCUCGGGUUUGUUUAUACCAUCGCUGCUGUUGGGCGCUAUUAUGGGUCGCAUUGUUGGCAUCGGUGUGGAGCAAUUUGCAUACAGUUAUCCUAACAUUUGGUUCUUCACCGGAGAGUGUGCGGAUAGCAAUCUAAUAACACCUGGAUUGUAUGCGGUUGUCGGCGCUGCCGCCGUGCUUGGCGGAGUUACGCGUAUGACUGUCUCCUUGGUGGUUAUCAUGUUCGAGCUAACAGGCGGAGUGCGUUAUAUUGUGCCAUUAAUGGCGGCUGCCAUGGCCUCUAAGUGGGUCGGCGAUGCACUGGGCAGACAGGGAAUAUACGAUGCGCAUAUCGCUUUAAAUGGCUAUCCGUUCCUUGAUAGCAAAGAGGAAUUUGCGCAUACAACGCUCGCAGCAGAUGUCAUGCAGCCAAAGCGCAAUGAAACAUUAAAUGUCAUAACACAAGAUUCCAUGACGGUGGAAGAUGUUGAGAAUCUGCUUAAGGAGACCGAGCACAACGGCUAUCCUGUCGUUGUGUCUAGAGAAAAUCAAUAUUUAGUUGGCUUCGUACUGCGCAGGGAUCUUAACUUGGCUAUUGGUAACGCAAAGCGUCUUAUCGAAGGCAUCAAUAGUAAUUCCAUAGUAUUAUUUACGUCCACGACACCCACUCAAAAUCUGGGACCGCCACCACUUAAACUAAAGAAAAUUCUUGAUAUGGCACCCAUCACGGUGACCGAUCAAACGCCCAUGGAAACUGUUGUCGACAUGUUCCGUAAACUGGGUCUGCGUCAAACGCUUGUCACACACAAUGGUCGCUUGUUGGGUGUUAUAACGAAAAAGGAUGUACUACGGCAUGUUAAACAAAUGGAUAAUGAAGAUCCCAAUACUGUGCUCUUUAAUUAAGUUGAAUUUAUUAGCCAAUCAGGCAGAUGCCUAGUUAUUAUUAUUAUUACUAUUAUUAUUUUUAUUAUUAUGUGUACUAUUAUCGCAAAACCAACAAAACUUCAUAUGAAUAAGCGGAAAGUUGAGAGCACGA